AUGGAUGGGAACCAACUUGUAGUAACUUGUUCGAUUUCACAAAAUAAAAACUCUUUCAUCCCCACCUACGCUCUUAUUGAUACCGGAGCAUCAGGAUACGCUUUCAUUGACGAAUCUUUUGCACGUCACAACAAUCUUAUAAUGACCCCUCUUAAAAUACCUCGCCAUGUAGACGUUAUAGACGGAAGGACUAUCAAAACAGGAAAGAUUACCUAUAUUGUCGAUGUCUCGUUAGACAUUCAUGGUCAUCAGGAGAUGGCCCCAUGUUUUGUGACGAAGUUAGGACACUACCUGAUUGUGAUGGGGAUACGUUGGAAGCGACGUCAUGAUGUUACGAUUCGACCAAAGGAAAAUCUACUUGUUUUUGACUCUCGGAACUGUUGUCAACAGUGUUCACUUAGUGGAACUGCAGUUAUUGUUCAUGGCAUCUCGAUUCCUUUACCGGAACACUAUACAGUCAUCGUUUCAGUAACUGAAAAAUCUACCAUCGACAUCGAAGAGCUAGUACCGAAGGAGUUUCACCAUCAUCUCGAUAUAUUCAAGGAAUAUGAUGCUUCAGACCUUCCACCAUAUCGGCUAUCCCAUGAUAUUGAAAUAGUGUUAGAAGAAGGCGAACGACCACCAUAUAGACCUAUAUAUGGAUUGUUUCAAAUCGAGUUGAAAGCACUACGGGAAUAUCUUGAUGAAAAUUUACCCAAAGGAUUUAUUCGGGCUAGUGAGUCACCAGCGGGAGCAUCUAUAUUGUUCGUAAAGAAAGGCGAUGGAACCCUUCGACUUUGUGUUGACUAUCGAGGUCUAAAUGCAAUCACAAUCAAAAAUCAAUAUCCAUUACCAUUGUUAAAGGAAACCCUGGCUAAGCUGUCAAGAGCACAAUACUAUACCAAGUUGGAUUUACGUUGUGGAUAUAAUCAGAACAGGAUAGCGGAGGGAGAUGAAUGGAAAACGGCAUUCAGAACUCGAUAUGGACAUUUCGAAUAUACAGUAAUGCCGUAUGGAUUAGCUAAUGCCCCUGCUACAUUUCAACACUGGAUCAAUGAUAUUCUACAACCUUAUCUUGAUCAAUUUGUGACGGCAUAUUUGGAUGAUAUCCUUAUCUAUUCCGAGACUCUAUCGGAACAUAAAAAACACAUUCAAAAGGUUCUAAAGAUACUUGAUGAGAAUCAUGUUCACCUUAAACCUGAAAAAUGUGAAUUUAUGGUUCAGGAAAUGAAAUAUCUUGGUUAA